UCUUAGAUCUUCUUUAAUGCUCCAUUAUUGCCCUCGGAAGUAUAAUAUGAUGCUGGUAUGUCCAUUCUCAAUCCGUUGGUGACCUUGAAGGGAAAAAUAGACAAGUCAGUCCAUUGCGUCCAAUCAUCCAUCCAAGCUGAUAAAGAAUCAGGGUGGUGCAUCUUGUUUGUAGCUUAUUAUACACUGGCUCACUGCAUGAUAGUUGGGCUCCAUAUUUGUAUAAAACCCUGCUAGUGGCUGUGAGGUUGACACAAUCAAAGAAGGAUUAAGGAAGCCUGCAGCUGGCAGAGGAAGAGCAGUGGGGACUGGUGAGGAAAGAAUGGAGGAGGCAGCUCUUGUUGUGAAGAUGCUUUGCUCCGUGUUGGUUGUGGGGGUGUUCUGCAUAUUCCUUCAUCUCUACAAUCUUAUGUGGGUAAGGCCGGAAAGGCUGAGGGGAAAGCUGAGGAGGCAAGGCAUCCGAGGGCCUCCGCCUUCAUUUAUAUACGGGAAUGUCCCUGAGAUGCAGAAAAUUCAAUUGUUGAUGGCGAUGAAGCCUCCCAACCAUGCUCAGAUUGUGGCCCAUGAUUACACUUCUACCCUCUUCCCCUACUUCGAGCAAUGGAGAAAAGCAUACGUACUUGUAAGUUGUAAUUCAAAAAGGCUGGAAAUGUAUACUAUGGGUGUAGGUCCUGUAUACACGUAUUCAACUGGGAAUAGGCAACAUUUGUAUGUGAACCAUCCGGAAAUGGUGAAGGAAAUGAAUCAGAGUACGAGCUUGGAGUUGGGAAAGCCUUCUUAUGUGACCAAGACUCUUGCACCAAUGCUUGGUAAUGGCAUUCUCAGGUCCAAUGGCAAUACUUGGGCUCACCAGAGGAGGAUCGUUGCACCCGAGUUCUUCAUGGACAAGGUCAAGGGGAUGGUGGGACUCAUGCUGGAGUCAGCACAGCCACUGCUGACGAAAUGGGAGGACUGCAUUCAAGCCCAUGGUGGAGUCUCAGCGGAUGUGAUGGUGAAUGAGGAUUUGAGAAGCGCCUCAGCAGAUGUCAUCUCAAGGGUUUGCUUCGGAAGCAGUUAUGGUAAAGGCAAACAGAUUUUCUCCAAGCUCAGGUCUCUUCAACAACUCAUUACCAACCAGGCUUUCCUUUUCGGUGUUCCCAGUUUCAGAUUUCUCUGGGCCAACAAGCAAAAGGAGCUAAAAAACUUGGAGAGAGAGGUAGAAUCAUUGAUAUGGAAAGCAGUAAAAGAGCGAGAACCAGAAUGCUUAGAGACAUCGACCCUAUCAUCUGACAAAGAUCUGAUGCAACUGCUACUGGAGAGUGCCAUCAAUGAUCCAAAUUUGGGCCAGGCCUCGUCCAAGCGUUUUAUAGUUGAUAAUUGCAAAAGCAUAUACUUUGCAGGGCAUGAGUCUACUGCUGUUGCUGCCUCCUGGUGCUUGAUGCUAUUGGCUUUACAUCCAGAUUGGCAAGCUCGAAUUCGGGCAGAGAUAGCCGAGGUUUGCGGGGAUAACAUGCCAGAUGCAGAUUCAAUCACCAAGAUGAAAUGGAUGACUAUGGUGAUUCAAGAAACCCUGCGGCUGUAUCCACCGGCAGCAUUCGUGUCAAGGGAAGCGCUGGAGGAAAUCCAAGUGGGUAAUUUCAUUGUCCCAAAGGGUGUAUGCAUAUGGACCUUGAUUCCAACUCUGCACCGGGAUACGGAUAUCUGGGGGCCAGAUGCCAACCAGUUCAAACCAGAGAGGUUUGAAAAUGGGGUCUCUAAAGCUUGCAAAUUUCCCCAAGCCUACAUUCCAUUUGGAUUGGGUCCUCGCCUAUGCCUUGGUCGCAACUUUGCCAUGGUCCAAUUGAAGAUUAUCCUCUCCCUCAUCAUCUCCAAAUUUACCUUCACAUUGUCGCCUACAUAUCGCCAUUUUCCUGUCUACAGAAUGAUUGUAGAACCUGGUGAUGGUGUACAUAUCCGUAUUCGAAAGAUCUGACCAUGCAAUGCCCCAACUCAUCUGAACACCCCUUUGGUUCUUGUUUAUGUAUAAAGCUCAUAUAUAAACUUAGUAUUGCAAAGAGUGUCAAUGGAAUGUUUCCAUUUGCACAAUAAAUGGCUUCUGCUACCGUAACAAGUGGUACCAAAACUAGAUUAUGGGUUCAAGUCCGGAGAGUCGUAUGUGGGGAGUGGUGUUGUUAGGCGUGCAACAAUGGUCCUUACAAAAGAAAAUAAUGGUUGAAAAAUGGUUUUGGAUGGAUGCGUAAAGCCGAAGAACGAACGGGUAGAGGAUGUGGUAGUAUCGGGGGAUUGUCAUGCAUACAACAAUGCUGUUCACAGAGAAAAUGAGUGUUAAAAAAUGAGAUGUGUAAGGUUGGAGUUGGUUAGAUCCGGUUACGAGUCUUGGAAUGAGUUAAGACCUUGAGACGAGUCAUGAGUGUGCUAUGGAACAAAUAACAAUCAAGCCCAAACUUUGGAUUAUUAAGCCUUUAUCACAAGAGUGUAAGAGGAUGACUGAUGACAUCAAACCACUCAAGAAGUAACAUGAAGCCUUAUAUUCAAGUGGGAUUGCAUUGGAAAGUCUGGGUGCUAGGGCCUUACAACAGGAUUCCUGACUACUUCUCAUGCCAAUCACAUUGUCAACCCCCCUUUACAGCUUUCUAAAUUAUUCCCACAAGAAGAAACUUAAUGCAGUUCUUAUGCAUUCAUCCGUGACAAUUGGUCCAUCAGAGGUAAAUAAAAAUUUUGUUGUGUGAUUAA